GAAGGGGAGGGCAGCUGUCAGCUUAGCACCUGCUGGGUGUCAGGCAACGCACUUGAUUCAUUGCCCCUAAUCCUCACAGUCAUUUUCUUGGGGAGAAACUUUGUUAUUUUCUCUUUUAUAGCUGAAACAACUGAAGCCCAGAGAGGUUGAGUGAUCUGCCUAAGGUCACACAGCUAGUAAGUGAUGGAAGCAGGACUGCAAUCCAGAUCAUGUGGGCUCCAAAGGUGGCGACUAUGAUUUCCCUCCAGCCGCCUAGGUUGUUACUGAGCCAACCUGGGUCCACUGGCUCCUGUGCAGUAAAGCAAGUCAUCUGACACAGGUUGUGGUGAAGGAUAGUGCGGUAUUUCUUGCAGGCCUUCAGCAAGGAGUCCAGGACAGCUAAUGUUCAAAACACCCAAACUCCCGGUGGAUUUCUUGAAAGCAUUGUUAAAGUCUCAGGGUAGUGAUCAGCUCCUCCUCUUGUUGGUUGAUGGUGAGGUCACAGGGUAGGAUCACAUGGGUUCACGUGAUCAAUCCUCAGGUGCUGAAAGGCUAGGAGCUAUGUGCUCAUGGUCAUCAGGUAGUUAAUUUCUUCCAUGUGGUAGGGAUUUUAUCAUCUGUAAAACAACUCAGGAAGUGCACGUCAGAUACUAUUAUCUGGGUACUGCAGAGAGGAGCCACCGCAAAGGCUAUGGGGGAGGGGUCUGUUCCCAGCCCCAUAGGGUCCUGCUCGGUUACAAGGUGACCCACUGGCACAGUCCCUACUUCUUCGCCUACUUCCCCACGGCCAGCUCGUACCCGGCCAUGCUCGCGGACAUGCUGUGUGGGGCCAUCGGCUGCAUCGGCUUCUCCUGGGCUGCCAGCCCAGCGUGCACAGAGCUCGAGACAGUGAUGAUGGACUGGCUGGGGAAGAUGGUGCAGCUGCCAGAGGCGUUUCUGGCUGGAGAAGCUGGAGAAGGCGGCGGGGUGAUCCAGGGAACUGCCAGUGAAGCUACCCUGGUGGCCCUGCUGGCCGCUCGGACCAAAGUGACCCGACGCCUGCAGGCUGCCUCCCCGGAGCUGACGCAGGCUGCCAUCAUGGAGAAGUUGGUGGCCUACGCGUCUGACCAGGCACAUUCCUCCGUGGAAAAAGCCGGCUUAAUUGGCGGAGUGAGAUUAAAAGCCAUCCCUUCUGAUGGCAAGUUUGCCAUGCGAGCUUCCGCGCUGCAGGAGGCCCUGGAGAGAGACAAGGCAGCCGGCCUGAUUCCUUUCUUCGUGGUGGCUACACUGGGGACCACGGCCUGCUGCUCCUUUGACAACCUCUUAGAAGUGGGGCCCAUUUGUCACGAGGAGGGCUUGUGGCUGCACGUGGAUGCCGCCUACGCGGGCAGCGCCUUCAUCUGCCCUGAGUUCCGGCAUCUUCUGAAUGGCGUGGAGUUUGCAGAUUCAUUUAACUUUAAUCCCCACAAAUGGCUCUUGGUGAAUUUUGACUGCUCUGCCAUGUGGGUGAAAAAGAGGACAGACCUGACCGGAGCCUUCAGGCUGGAUCCGGUCUACCUGAGGCACAGCCACCAGGACUCAGGGCUUAUCACUGACUACAGGCACUGGCAGCUGCCGCUGGGCCGGAGGUUCCGCUCUUUGAAGAUGUGGUUUGUUUUUAGGAUGUACGGAGUCAAGGGACUGCAGGCCUAUAUCCGCAAGCACGUCCAGCUGUCCCAUGCAUUUGAGGCAUUGGUGCGCCAGGACACCCGCUUUGAAAUCUGUGCAGAAGUCAUUCUGGGACUGGUCUGUUUCCGGCUAAAGGGUUCCAACAAACUGAACGAAGCUCUUCUGGAAAGCAUAAACAGUGCCAAAAAAAUCCACUUGGUCCCUUGUUCCCUGAGAGACCGGUUCGUGCUGCGCUUUGCCAUCUGCUCACGCACAGUGGAGCUGGCCCACGUGCAGCUGGCCUGGGAGCACAUCCAGGAGAUGGCGGCCAUGGUGUUAAAAGCACAGGGGGAGGAAAAGGAAGAGAUCAAAAAUUGAAAUUAUCUGAAGACUGGGAUGAGAGGAAACUGUAUCAGCCCAGCUCCUUGGAACCCAGCCUGUAUGUGGCACAUGCUUUUCCAGUUCAGUUCAGUGGCUCAGUCGUAUCUGACUCUUUGUGAUCCCAUGGACUGCAGCACGCCAGGCUUUACUGUCCAUCACCAACUCCCAGAGUUUACUCAAACUCAUGUUCAUCAAGCCAGUGAUGCCAUCCAACCAUCUCAUCCUCUGUCAUCCCCUUUUCCUCCCGCCUUCAGUCUUUCCCCAGAGUUAUCCAGAAAGAAUCCCAUGAUUGCACCUUUUCAGCCACUCAUCAAUGAAGAAAUAUUAUUUGCUACAAGUUAACCUCAGUGAAUAUAGCUUUUCUCCAUUAUUUGGCUGUGACUUCUGUUGAUUAAAAAAUCACAUGUUUCUAUGCCUUUGAAGUUGUCAGUGGGGUAAAUAAAGCCUUAUUGAAAUAUCAUCCAGGGUGAUCUAUGAUUAUGGGAUUUAUACCUGUGGUAUUUAAAUUGUCCUGUCAUGUGGCUUAGUGCUUAAUAAACAGUGUGAAGUGUUAUGC